UGGUAAAUCCUGGUCUUCUGGAUAGCAUUUUAGUGUGUGGGUGGAUGGAUAUUUGAUAUUAUUUGUUCUGGUGAUCAAUCUCUUUCAUUUGGAUUGACUCACAGCAGUCAGUACAAGUACAAGUACGUAUAUACUACGUACACAAGUGGAAUAGGUCCACCAGCAGAAGGGAAUAAUAAACUAUUCUUUAGUCGUCUCGAUACUGACGCCAUCCUGACGCUGCGAUCAUCUUCCUCGUCCUCCUCUGCCCCCCAAGAGCCCUCCAUCUCCUUCUCAAACGUAAAUUACGACCCGAACAAACGGGGAGGAGGCACGCGAAUUCAACUCCGCAUGAUGACCUCUGCGAAUCCUACGUCACCUAAUCACACAAAUAUGAUGACGGGGGACGGGGCUCGUGUCAGCAUUGUGGGUGUCGAUCCUUCCACUUCGCUCGUGCCACCACCCGCAUCAGCCGAAUCGGCCCCCUCCCUCCUCGGCAGGAGGCGACCCACGACCGAGAAGGCGCCCUUACUGUCGCAAAGGAGACUUUUCAACUCCCUCUCCGGCCUUGCGAACGGUCUCAAUGGGUCGUCACCCGAGUCGAGCGGGGGAUAUACAGAGUUUGGCUCGUCUAUUGCCUCGUUGACGCCACCGUCUUCGACGCCGAGGACGUUGGGGACUUUUUCAGGAGUAUUUUGUCCCGUGGCGUUGUCGAUGUUUUCUGCCCUGCUCUUUCUCCGAGUGGGGUUUAUCGUGGGUAAUGCAGGGCUAUAUUUCACCCUGAUCCAAUUUGCAAUAGCGUAUACCAUCCUCCUCUUUACCGUCCUAUCCAUUUGCGCCAUCAGUACGAACGGAGCUGUCGAGGGAGGUGGAGCGUAUUUCAUGAUUUCUCGAACACUCGGACCUGAAUUCGGUGGUGCGAUCGGUGCCCUCUUCAUUUUCGCCAACAUAGUCAGUUCCGCACUUUACAUCGUGGGGUGCGUGGAAGGGAUCGUGGAUAACUUUGGUGUGGGUGGAAGUUUGACUGGAAGCGGGGGUGGACUUCCUACCGACCGAACGAGCAGAUUUUUGUACUGCUCUCUCAUUAACCUUCUCAACCUUGUUGUUUGUUUGGUGGGCAGUUCUCUGUUUGCCAAGACCUCCGUCGCUGUACUGACCGUCGUCGGUGUUUCCGUCCUAUCAGUUAUUGCAUCUUUCUUCCAAGACGAAUUCCCUGUCGAUCUCCCGGAAGGAAACACACUCGCGCGCCACAAUAACAUCACCCACGCCUGGUUUACUGGAUUUAAUGGAACCACCUUUUCAGAAAAUUUGAGCCCCGAAUCUUACGGGAAAGAUUACACGACCGAGAGUGGCGACACAGUCAAUUUUGCGAUCGUAUUUGGUGUUCUGUUCUCUGGAGUUACUGGAAUCAUGGCUGGAGCAAAUAUGAGCGGUGAACUUGUUAAUCCUGGCAAGUCUAUUCCGAAGGGGACCAUUUCCGCUGUGGGAUUUACGUUCUUCGUCUACGUUUUGUUAUCAUUCCUCGCUGCCGCCACCUGCUCCAACUUCCUCCUCCAAAACGACUACAUUUUUAUGAUGGGGAUCAAUCUUUGGCAACCGUUCGUUACAAUCGGCAUCUUAACGGCGACGUUUUCAGCCUCACUUUCUAACUUGAUUGGAGCCUCGCGUGUUUUAGAAGCUGUCGCAAAAGAUGAUAUUUUUGGACCAGUUCUCCGCUUCCUUAACUCUGGAACGACCCGCGGUGGCAACCCAAUCGCGUCCGUCCUCAUGUGUUUCGUCAUUGUCGAAUUGUUCCUCUUGAUCGGAUCGUUAAAUAUCAUCGCCCAAUUGAACUCGGUCCUCUUUUUGUUGUCCUAUUUCGCCAUGAAUUUAGCCUGUUUGGGACUUGAUCUCGCAUCAGCGCCCAAUUUUAGACCCGCAUUCAAAUACUUUUCGGCAAAAACGGCAUUCGUUGGUAUGGUUGGGACUCUGGCCAUGAUGUUUGUCAUCAACGCGAUCUACGCCUCUCUCUCCAUCAUUGCCUGCCUCGUCCUUGUCAUCAUGCUCCAUCUCUUGUCCACGUCACGCUCCGCAUCUAACUGGGGGUCAAUAUCGCAAGCUCUGAUUUUCCAUCAGGUGCGAAAAUAUCUCCUCCUUCUUGACUCGAGGAAAGAUCACGUCAAAUUCUGGAGACCACAGAUGCUUCUUUUAGUUGCAAAUCCUCGCUCUGCCUGUCCCUUAAUUGAUUUCGUCAAUGACUUGAAGAAAAGUGGCUUGUACGUCUUGGGGCACGUAUAUUCUGGCGAAUUUGAUGAAAUGGAAGUCGACCCGGCCACGGAAGAUUAUUCUUCGUGGCUCUCACUGGUCGACCAUCUAAAAGUCAAAGCAUUCAUUGAACUCACCGUAGCGAGAACCUUCCGAGAAGGAAUGCACCAUCUCGUACGAAUUUCUGGAUUGGGUGCUAUGCGUCCAAAUACGAUUGUGCUGGGCUUCCAUGAUGAUACACUCCCAGUUGAUUUCUUCUCCAGUGGGGAGGCCCCUAUUCCAUAUCGGACGGACAAAUUCCCCCCGGCAACAUUCCCCAUGCGGAGGGACGAAGGACAGAGAUUGAGAGAGGAAGAGUAUGUCGAAGUUGUUCGCGAUAUUAUAAAGAUGAACAAGAAUGUCGUGCUGUGUCGAAAUAUGGCUCUGCUGGAUAAAGCGAAGGUGGCUAGAAAGAAGCAUCUCUUUGUUGAUGUAUGGCCAAUCAAUUUCUUUUCGGGCGACGCAAAUUCCCUGAUGGACACUUCGUCACUCUUUCUACUGCAGUUGGCUUGUAUUUUGAACAUGACACCACUCUGGAAAUCGUUAACCCUCCGUGUCUUCCUCCUCUGCACGUCGACCACAACUUCGGCAGAGGCGGCCUCGCGUGAAGCCGAGUUGAGAAGAAUGCUUCAAAUUCUUCGCAUUAAGGCAAGAACGGUGGUCAUUCCGUGGGACAGCGUGCUCGGAAAGCAACUUCCAAGUGGAGUUGGAGCCGCUGGAGAGCCACACCCCGACCUGUUUGACUCUGCACCACAGUGGCCUCUGAAAACGAUACGACCGGACUACAUUAAAGCGGUUAAUGACAUGAUUAAAGAACAGGCAGCCAAUACGGCGGUCAGUUUCCUGUUCCUCCCAGAAAUCCCGAUGGAUAAGAGCGAGUAUAGGUUGUACUUUCACCAUUUGACUUCCCUCUCGGAGGAUGUCGGUCCAAUGGUCUACGUUCACGGGGUAUCUACCGUGACAUCAACGACUAUCUAACAAUUUAACAUUUCCGUGCUGUGAUACGCCUAAAAAUAUUGACCAAAACCAUACAUAUUGAAUUUAAUAUCAGCUAUCUAAUAAUGAAAAUGUGUAACUUAUUAUCAUGAUCAAUUAAUGUAUUAUAAUUUGUAAAUAAAUAAAUAAUUAUGUUGUACUAAA